AUGACGGCCACAUAUCCCCUCCCCCGCAAGCUGUGGGAACACCCCGAUCCCAAAUCCACCCAGAUGUGGGACUUUAAAGUCAAGCUCGAACAGGAAAAGGGCGUCAUCUUCCAGACAUAUAACGACCUCUACCAAUGGAGCAUCAACAACCGAGCGGCAUUCUGGGAUUUCUGCUGGAAAUACUUCCCCAUCAUCUACGAAGGCUCCUACACCAUUUCCUUCGACGAAUCUGCCCGCAUGGAUAGUAUCCCCAACUGGUUCGACGGCAUUCGUGUCAACUUCGCCGAGAACAUGCUCUUCACAGCCGACAAUUCCAUCAAUGGACCCCCCAAGACCACGAAAAAGAACAAAGAAGACGACAAGAUCGCCCUGACGCAGAUCCGCGAGGGCGGUUCCGAGCCUGCCGUCAGCAUCACUUGGGCCCAAUUGCGCCAGAAGACGGGUCGGCUGGUGCAGGCGCUGAAGGCGGCCGGCGUCGUCAAGGGUGACCGCAUCGCUGUUGUCGCGAGUAACAGCAUCGAUACCCUGGUGGUGCUCCUGGCUUCCACGGCGCUUGGGGGUCUCUUCUCAUCGGCUUCGACCGAUACCGGCGUCAAGGGAAUCCUGGACCGGCUGCUGCAGCUUAAACCGAAGUGGGUGUUUUUCGAUGACGCUACCGUUUAUAAUGGAAAACAAACGGACUUGCGCUCCAAGAUCGCAGAGUGCGUGAGCGGUCUCGAAGGGGUCCGGGAGUUCAAGGGUGUCGUAGCGAUGCCUCGCUUCCCUGAACGACCGGCUGAUGUGGCUCCUCUGCCCAAAACCCAGACGCUAGCCACCUUCCUGAACCAAGCUCCAUCUGAUCAGCUGGAGUUUGUGCGAGUGGGCUUCCGCGACCCGUUCCUCGUCGUGUACUCAUCCGGUACGACUGGCAAACCGAAGCCGAUUGUCCACGGCGUGGGCGGAUACAUCCUCAACUCGAACAAAGAGGCCCGUCUGCACCGCAACAACGGCCCCCAGACAACAGUGCUGCAGUACACCACAACCGGCUGGAUCAUGUACAUGUCGGCCGUUUCCUGCCUGUCCAUCGGAGGCAAACCCAUCCUCUACGAUGGAAGCCCCUUCCUGCCAGAUGUCACGUUCCUCAUCCGCCUGCUGGACAAAUACAAGGUCACUCACUUCGGCACGUCCCCACGGUACCUGCACGAGCUGCGCAAGAACGGUGUGAGCCCGCGGGAGAUUGCCAACCUGCAGAAUCUCUCCAUCGUCACUAGCACGGGCAUGGUUCUCUCCGAGUCCCUGUUUGAGUGGUUUUACGACCACGGUUUUCCCGCCCGUGCCCAGUUGGCCAAUAUCUCCGGCGGUACGGACCUGGCUGCCUGCUUUGGGCUCGAGAACCCGCUGACGCCGCUUUAUGUCGGUGGAUGUCAGGGUCCCAGUCUGGGGAUCCCCAUCGCGGUGUAUGAUCAAGCAGACGAGGGCGCAUCUGGCGUGAAGGGCACCGCCGUGCCAGACGGCGUGCCCGGCGAGCUGGUAGCACCCGGCGCGUUCCCCACCAUGCCGGUCAAAUUUCUGGGAGACGAUGGGGCGCAGAAAUACUUUGAUUCGUACUUUGCCCGAUUUGACAACGUCUGGACCCACGGCGACUUCAUCAGCAUCCACCCCGUAACCAAACAAAUCUUCUUCCUCGGCCGCUCCGACGGCGUCCUCAACCCAUCCGGCAUCCGCUUCGGCUCCAGCGAGAUCUACAACGUGAUCGACACGCAGUUCCCGCAGGAAAUCGCCGACUCGAUCUGCGUCGGCCAGCGCCGUCCCCACGACGCAGACGAGUUUGUGCUUCUCUUCCUGCUAAUGCAACCCGGGAUUUCAUUCAGCUUGGAGCUUGUCGGGAGAGUGAAAGAGGCGAUUCGAAAGGCACUGAGUGCGCGCCAUGUGCCAAAGUAUGUUUUUGAGACGCCUGAGAUUCCGACAACGGUCAAUCUCAAAAAGGUAGAACUGCCCGUGAAGCAAAUUGUAUCUGGUAGACAGGUCAAGGCGUCAGGCACGUUGUUGAACCCACAGAGUCUGGAGUUCUAUUACCGGUUCGCAGAGGUGGAGAAACUGGUGGCUCCUCCGAGGAGUAAGCUGUAG